CUCCCGCCCUUCGAGCCCAUCUUCACCCUCCUGACCAACAACACCACAAACACCACCGUCCACCCUCGCGUCCACUACCUCUUCAGCGACGACGACGCCUCUGCCAUCCUCACCGCACCGCAAAACGACCCUUCGCACCGCGCCCUCGUCGUCGACCUCGCUCCGCCCGCCGCCCCCAACGGCAAAUGGACCGUCUCCUGGGCAUCCAGCCUCACCCCCGACUUCGCCAUCACAGCCUCCCAGCUCUCCCUCCAGCAGCACGGCAGCGGCAGCGAGGGCAAUGACGCCGAGGCCGGGUCAACGUCGGUCGUUCUUCGCGUCGAGGGCGUAGAGCGCGAGCCUAUCUCCUCAAGGCCCAACAGCCUGCCCAGCUCAGGCAGCGAGAUUGUCGGCCGGGAGAACGUGGAGCUGCUCACCGAGGAGUUUAGGCGCCGCAUGGGCGUGCUCAGGAAGGUCGUUGACGAAGGCGAGAGGCGGAAGGAAGCUCUGGGCAGGCUGAAUGAAGGGAUGAUGCAUCCUGACCAAGGAGAAGAUGCGGUAGCUGUUCACGACGAGGUCAGCGGGAAGGGAGUGUCAGAAGGACAGGAU